AUGAUUUACUUCCCUCACGCAGAAGCAUCGCCGCAACAUUUGUAUCGGGCGCCCUCCGAGAUGACUCCAUCUCCGCAACCGUUAUCGCCGUCGAAUAACUACAAUCUUCCAAAUACGCCCUCACCCUACAACAUGGCUAUGGGCGGCAAUACACCACUGAUGUCACCUAACCAUCAGUACCUAGGAGGUGUGCACAAUGAAUAUAACGCUUAUGGAGGCGGCCAACAGCAGCAGCAGCAUGCGCAACAACAGCCUCACCUUGCGCGACACUAUGUGCGUCAGCAUCAAAUGCCGUCACAGCAUGAGUCACCACACCAACAACCGCAUCUGCAUCUUCAGCAUCAACAGCAGCAGCAACAACAGCAACACCAGCAACACCAUCAGCAGUUUCAUGGCAUGCUCUAUGCAAACAACGAUGUGGGCAAUUGGGAGGAGAAGUUUGCCAACGUGCUGGCGAAUGUCAGCCACACCACUGCGGCAGCAAUGAACAAUCUUAACAGCAACAACAACAAUCAGUUCAAUAUGCAAGGCUUCAUGGCGGCUACAGCGGCAGGCGUAACAGGUGUGACGCAGCAUGCGCAAUGGAAUUUUCCUCCCAAUCAUGUGGAAGCACAACAACUGCAGCAGCAGCAACAGCAACACCAUCACCAGCAGCAAUUACAGGCACAACAACAACAGCAGCAGCCUAAUAACGACGCCACUAUGGCGGACGUGAUAAGAGGCGGCACCGGUGGCGAUGUAAACAACGCUAAUAUCGAUGAAGGAGGUGCCGAACAGGGUCCGACGAUAAGCACACUGUUGAACUUUGAUAGCGAGCAGCUGGUGCACAUCAACUCAGAGGAACAACAAAUGCUACGACUUACCUCGGAUGAAUUGCGGCUCUCAAAUCUCUCCAUAUCGUCAUAACACUGCUGAAGAGAUGGAAGAUUUGGCUAAAAGCUAUACUUGUGUACUUUUUUUAUAAGCCGCAAAGCCAUAUCAAGGCAAUGUGUUGCGAGAGGCAAGAGAUAUAUUUUUUUAAAUUCAGAUGAAUGAAAAAACCUAUGUGUGUAUGUGCAUAUGUACAUAUGUAUGUAUAUACCAUAAUUCAAUCAUGUGUAUAUUAUACAAGCCAGCACCUUACACAAGCACUCAUUUCCAAACAAAAAGAAUCUUGAAAAAAUUGAAAUCGGAAGAUUUGAAUUAUAAAAUAACGAUUCUACUGAAUUGUAAUUUUAUUGUAAAAUUAAAAUUCUUUGUUAGUUUUCAUAACAAUUUAGAAAUUUUGCCUAAGCCUUUAUUGCAAUGUUGUAAAUUAUGUAAAUGUUAGUGUCUUCUUAGUCUUUGAUUUGCGCUUUAAGUUAGGUUUUUAUUAAAUUUUAAUUCGAAAAUAAAAUAUUGAAUUUUUAUUGUUGGUGGCCUACUUUUUCCUAGUGGGUUCACCUUAAAUUUA